GUCGCGGGGAGACCGAGUGCUCAGCGGACGAGCCGCCGCCGCCGCCGCCACCACCAGCACCAGCUCCAGCACCAGCACCAGCUCCAGCACCAGCUCCAGCUCCAGCGCCGCGAAAUUGGAGAGAAACUGCGCCCGCCCGCCCGGAGAAGAUGGCGCCGUCGCGGUCCCGCACCCUGAAGAGGUGCCAGCGGGUCUUGUACUGGGUGCCCGUCCUCUUCAUCGGGCUCAUCGCCUGCUGGUCCUACUACGCCUAUGUCGUCCAGCUGUGCGUGGUAUCAAUGAAAAAUAUUGGAGAAAAAGUUGUUUGUCUAGUAUUCUACCAUCUGCUUUUCAUCAUGUUUGUGUGGUCAUACUGGAAAACCAUCUUUACAAAACCAAUGAAUCCGACUAAAGAGUUCCACCUUUCAUACACAGACCGGGAACAAAUAGAACGUGGGGAUAGGGGUGAAGGUCACCAGGAAGUCUUCAGACGAAUGGCCAAGGAAUUGCCCAUCUACACAAGAACCUUAUCUGGAGCAAUUCGAUACUGCGAUAGAUGUCAACUUGUGAAGCCAGAUCGCUGUCAUCACUGCUCGGUUUGUGACAAAUGCAUUUUGAAGAUGGACCAUCACUGUCCCUGGGUGAACAACUGCGUUGGUUUCUCCAACUACAAGUUUUUCUUCCUUUUCUUGGCUUACUCACUGCUUUACUGUGUAUUUAUCGUGGCUACCGAUCUGCAGUAUUUUAUCAAGUUUUGGAUGAAUGGUUUGCCAGAUACCCAAGCAAAGUUCCACAUCAUGUUCCUGUUCUUUGCAGCUGCAAUGUUUUCCAUCAGCCUGUCCUCUUUGUUUGGCUAUCACUGCUGGUUAGUCAGUAAAAACAGGUCUACAUUGGAGGCCUUCAGGGCACCUGUAUUUCGACAAGGACCAGACAAGAAUGGGUUUAGCUUGGGCUGCAGCAAGAAUAUGAAGCAGGUAUUUGGCGAUGAGAAGAAGUACUGGUUGCUGCCUGUCUUUACAAGCUUGGGCGAUGGUUGUUCCUUCCCAACAUGUUUAGUGAAUCAGGACCCAGAGCAACCCACGACUCCAUCUGGGCACAACUCAACUGCUAAAAAUGUUACUGAAGGCCAUCCUUUUCUUGCCAAGCCUUUACGAGAGUCCCAGAACCAUCUAUUGGGUAGCAACCAGACAUGGUCAGAUGGAACUUAUGACGAUGGAAAAGGCAAGCAUGGUAUGAACAAUCCUGUCAUGGUCAUGGAAAAUGAGACCUAGCACCCCCUGAAACACACUUAACUGUGGCAGCUGUGCAGCUGCUUAUGGAAGAAAUCUAGGAAGAAAUGUUCUCCACGAUCCCAACCUUCACCUACCUACUAUUCCUAUUAGAUGUCUGUGCCUCCGUGGGAUGUCCAAUGGAAAUAAUCCUGUGAUUGACUGGUUUUCCUAUUAUCACAGCUUAACACAUACAACGCAUUGGUUCAGCCACCCUUAAAUGUACGAUGGGGGAUAUAAUUCUAUUCUGAAUGCAUUUGCUUAACAAAACACGCUAAACCUUUAUAGCAGCUUGGCAUUGCAGCAAUUAUGAGAUCACUGAGGAAAACAUGGUCUCUUGCCCUUUGAAACAGUGCUGAAACAAUACUGUUUUUAUUACUGCUCCUGCCAUAGUAAUGCCAUGAUUUCCACAUCAAAUCAUAUGACAUGCGCAAGGACUGACGCACAUUCUCUGAGAGCAGUACAUGUGAUAGUAUUUUCUGUUAAAUAGGAAUGACCUGUUAACAGACAGUUAAGGAUUUCAUAAGAAGAACAGAUUUUUAUCAACAUUUUAGGGGGUGGCUUACAAAGCAAAAACAAAUGACAUAUCAUGAAUAUGCCUUUCAUUAAUGCACUGGGGACUUAUUUUGAUUUUGAUUUUGCUAUGAUAUGGGGUGAGAAGUGUAUAUGAUAUUGGUUUUAGAACAUCUAAACCAUAUGUUUUGCAAUUUUGCUGAAAGCAACUUGCAGAAGUAGUUGGUUUUCUAGCCAAAGAAAUGCUGAAUGAAAAUAUUUUAAAUGGUUUUUUCAGACGGGCGGUAUUCUGUACUGUGUUGUUUCUAAUGGUAGGUUUUGCAUGCUGCAACUGUGGCAUUCAAUCCUUUUUAAUUUAUUUUAGCAGACACGAGAAAUGACCUUGUUGCCAGUUUUUGGCGUCCAGUUUUCCCUUACAAAUGUUAAGUCAGCAUGACAAUUUCAUUGUGCGUGUUGUUAUAAAAUGGAAUGAUAUGAAUAGUGUAACAGUUUCACAAUAUUUACACAUCAUAAGAGAUACAUGACAAAGUGCCAUCAGCACAAUCAAUACAAAGGGAGUUGAAAUACAGAAAACAUGCUGAAGUGAGAGGAGAAAAAAAAGCACAAAAUUGCCCCUUCAUAGUGCCUUCAUUGAAAGUUGGACCCAACGCUGUAAUCUAUUUGAAAUUAAUGAUCAAGACAUUUUCAAAGAUAAAUUUUAGUAUGGCUCAAGCCAAUGGAAUUAGUAUUAUUUUUAUUUCUGUAAUCAAUUUGUAGAGAAAAAUAUAUAUUCUGGGGAGAGAGGUUUCCCCUAUGCAAUGAAAAGUGAAGUAGUCUUCAUUAAUAUUAGUUAUUAUGUGCAUUUAAUUUUCUGACUGCUGCUUUGAAACAUGAGUAAAUCCUCUUUGGCCUCCUCUUAAACAAGUUAAUAAAUAGAGUAUUUAAUUAGGCACCAGUCUUUUAUAACACAGAUCGGAUAAUGUAAACUAAGAACAAUUUUGAAGGCUGUAAAAUUCUAGGGUUGUAAUUUAAAAAAAAAACAGGAAUAUCUGUGGAAAGGGGAACUAAUUUUAUAGUGGCCUUAGAACAAAUUAGUUUUCUAGUGGUGAUUUCUACCAAGGCAUUUUAAAGAACUGCGUUAUUUCUGUGGAAUAUAUUCAGGGGUAUUUUGAUUACAUUGCUGGGACAAGUGCUUUAAAACAAAUGGGAAAAAUAAAUCAUUUGCAUUAAGAAGAGAGUCAGUGGCUUAAAGGGGCUGUCCCACUGCGGCGACCUAAUUGGUGAGUUUA